CCAUUCAAACAGCACUUCGUUCACCAUCUACUCAAUCAGCCUCCUAGAAACUUCUAGCUAGUGAGAGCGUUUGCCCUACUGGCAUCGUUAGCGUUUAGUCUCAUCGAGUCUGAAAACACAAGAGUUGGCCUGUUGGCGCAUUCACCAACUGGUCUCGUGAACGUUCCCCGCGACUUGUUGUAGAUCGCGAUUUAAACGUGAUUUGUGACAAGCCUCUACUCGCUGCUGCGUCCCGUGUAGUGUCGCGCGACGACAUCAUACAUCUUCACAAUGGCUGACGAACCUCGACGAUCCGGUCGCGCGACCAAAGGACAAUACACCAAAGACCGCGACAUCCAAGAAGAUGCUCCAAAAAAGAAAGGAAAGGGAAAAAGCUCGAAAGCCAAGGCAGUUGAAGAGGAGGAAGAAGGAGACGAAGAGUCCGAAGAGAUCAUUCGAUGUGUCUGCGGAACAUAUGAAGAGGAAGAAGAUGUCCCUCGAGCAAUGAUCUGCUGUGACAGAUGUGAAGCAUGGCAACACAACAGCUGCAUGGGUCUAGAAGAAGAUUACCAGCCCGAAACAUACUUUUGCGAACAAUGCAAGCCCGAGGACCACAAAGAACUGAUCGCCGCUAUGGCGCGUGGGGAGCGCCCCUGGGAUGAAGCGCUAAGGAAGUUUGAAGAGAGGACGAAGAAAAAGGGUAAAAAGGGUCGAAAGUCUGGCGGUGCUCGAACAAGCGAGGUAGGCCCAAGGGCGUCUCAAGAGGCCAAGGACCAAACACCUCAACCCACGGCGACCGGACAGAAGCGCAAACUGGAGGAAUCCCCCAGCGUACCAGAAUUGAAGAACAAGAAAGCUCGAGGAACACCUGCGGCAGACACGAAUGGCGCCAAAGCUGCAACUCCAGCGCGCAAACCUAGCGAGACUCCCUCAAAGCCUGCAUCCAAGUCCGAAUACCCUGUGGUGACAGACGUAAAGGAGCUUGCGAAUAGUUCCAGGAGGCAAGCUGCGUCUACUUUGAUCAAGCUGAUGGAGAGUCAAAUCAAAGAAGCAUCAAAACAAGGCGAGUACACUGCCCCAAGCGGCUCAAGCACCCAAGCUAUCUCAAACGGCAUCGGCCUGCGUCUUGAGAGCGCCCUCUAUCACAUCCAUGCUGGUGGCAGCGGCGAACCGAAUGAAGCGUACAAGAAUCAGCUACGAUCCAUCCCCUUCAACCUGAAGAAGAACCAUGCUCUCGCAGUACGACUACUUAGUGGCGAUCUCAGCCCUGAAGAGCUUGCGGGUAUGGAUCCAAAAGAUAUGGCGAGCGAAGAGCAGAAGAAAAAGGAUGCGGCUACCAUGAAAGAGCUGGAGAAACAGCACACAAUCGUCGAAGAGCAAGGGCCUCGUAUCCGCCGUACGCACAAGGGAGAGGAAUACGUCGAUGAGUCGAGACAAGUCGCUGCUGAAUCUCAGACCUCGAAUGCUCCCGUCCGGAGACCAAGCGGAAUCGAGCAGUCAGAUGCCGAGUCAAAGAGCCCUGUUAUUAAGAGUCCAUCGGAAAUCCCUGGAGCGGGUCGAUCCAGGCCUAAGCCAUCGGUUGAUACCAAGCGACAAUCGUCCUCCAACUUCGACAUCGACAAGGUCUGGUCAAAUGUUCAGGGUUCGCCUGAUGUUGAUGGACACCGGUUUGGCGACCUUUCCCAGCAGUCACCCGGCAUGGCUGUCAGAGAGCCCAUGGGACCAGGCGCCAAGGCAGACGCCGAUAUCGAUGAGCUACUCAAAGACGAAGAGGCCGAAUCACCGCCGUAUUCACCCAAAGAGUCCGCUGAGGCCGACGGUGUGGUCUGGCGAGGUACCAUUAAUGGUGGUAAUCUCGGUCGUUUCCGCGCCACGGCGAGACAUGCAGCAGGAGCAACGCCUGACAGCGACACUCUCCGCAUGACAUAUCGCGACGUCUUACCGCAGGAAAUCUCCAUCGGAGGUCGCAUACAACCGCCCAAGGCAGAUGAGUACCUCUGUGGCCUCGAGUACAGCAAUACGUCAGACCUGGUGAUUGUUUACAUGCCGGAGCCACAAAACUCGCCCGACCAAGAAGAGUUCGACAAGUUAUUCCGGUAUUUCAAGAGCAAAGAUCGAUUCGGCGUGGGGGUGCAGCAUCACAAUGCAGCGAUCAAAGACAUUUACCUCAUUCCAUUGAACGAGGGUCAAGAGUUGCCUACUUUCGUCAAGAAACUCGAGACUGACUUCUCCGACCCGGCGAGAGAACGUAUGCUGCUCGUUCCAAUUGUCAUCAAGAACAGCGAGCUGCCUCACAUGCAGGGAGCGAACUUGGAUGGUACACCCACUGCGGCGAGUCCAUCGAGCAGAGGACCUGCAGUUGCACAGACGCCCAUCACCCCGCAUGAUGGUAGCUUCGAGCCGCCGCAGACUGGUAUAUACAGUCAGUCGCCUGCGCCUGUGCCAGGUCAGUAUGGAGCCAACGGGGCGCCUCCUCAAAUGAUGCCGACUCCGGGGUUUGCCCCACCGGGACAGCCAUAUCCUGGUUAUGGACAACCGUCACAACUGCAACCACAGUCACCUGCCACGAUGACAGCCCAGAAAAUAUUGGGUCCACUGGCAUCGAGUCCCGCUGUUGUUCAACUCUGUGCUCAGGCGCCGAAUGCAGGAGAGAUCGAAUUCAAGAUCAUCAAGGAGUGCAUCGAGAAGAAUCCCGAGGCGGCGAAUCGGUUGGACGUGCUCACUACCAUGUUGCAGGAGAGUAGUAUCGCUGCAGGCGGUCAGGGGGGUGGGAUUUGAGGCAGCAAGCCUUUUUGCUCGGUUUGAGACCAAGCAGCCUAUCUCUGUAUCAGGUUUCAAUGCCAACAUAUGCAAAGACUGAGAGAUGGUUGGAUAAGAGACUUUUGUACGACGUGGCGGAGAAGAUGUGUGGAUAUACCCCGUGGGAGUGUCGUUGAUUGAAAAUAUUUCUGCGGCAGGAACAACACCAGCACUAUUGCCCGAUGGCAAAUCUGUUGUGUUGUGUUGCGCCCAAGAGAAGAGCUGGGAUUGAUUAGUUGUGUGUACAGCUUUCGGCUUCGCUUCGCGCCGCUUAACGUUCUUGUCAGUGUAGAAGAUGAACAAUUCCGCCAAUUGUGCUUGCAGUGUUUUCUCUCACGACAAGGGGGUGCAGCAUAUGUCAUGUCUGAGGCAGGACUGACUCAGUUAGAAGCGUUUCAUAUGCUGGAGCAUCACGGACCGUGGUAUGGGAGCUUGGGGGUUGGGCUUAGAAGUUAAUGGCGUUGUGGGCUUUCAACUAAAUAGUUAGAUGUCACAGAAUGAGAGUGGGCGGUUCAAUCGCA